AUGACAACCAACUCACCUGAACAUAUCAAAAAGGAAUUUCUGUCAUUCAUUAAAGAAGAUGCCGUGGACCUCUCUGGAAUUGCACAUUUUGUAAAGCGUAACUGCAAGCUGACAAUACCUCUCGUGAAGCCAAAAGAUUUGACACUGCGAAUCUGUGGGCAGGAUGGCACAGUAUAUAAAGGGGAUGAUGAGCAGCUUGAAGCCUGGAAAGAUUUUUACCUCCCAGAAAGGAUGGAAAUGGAAGUGAUUGGUGCCAUUGAUGACUUCCCAUGUGAUGCGUUUGAUCUACAGCUGGUGCUGUUGCUGGGUGAAGAUGGCAGGGUCUAUGCCUACGAGGAGGAGCUUCUUCAUGUUGUUGCCAACAAUUUGUGGGACCUGUUCCAAAUCGAAAUGACUUUCCCUGGAAAAGAGACCUUCAAUCUUGGGGAAUAUUUUGAAGAACCGACUGAAGAAGAAUAUUGUAAAAUGAUAGAAAGUGAUGAGAUCAAAGCAAUGAAGCAAUUACAUGUGGACUUCAGAGAUUCUUUGGAGCGUGACCUGUUGAACACUAUGAAAGAUAUCGCAGAGAGCCGCAAUGUGGGUUCAGAGAAAGCCACUUCAACGACAAAAAUAAUUCAAGAAAAUUCUUUGCCAUGCGGUCUUUGCCAGAUGAAGAAUGGAAGAAAACGUUGGGCCAGUCAGUGUCUUAACAGGCCUCAUUGUCAUCCAGUCCAGUCGUCAAUCAUUUAAUCACCUAUUGUUCCAGAGUUGUAUGAUUUAAAAAAUAAAUAAAUAAAUUGGUAUCAAAAUAA